CGUGUGAAAUUUGAGUCAACAACAAGCAGGAAUUUCAGACCAAUUUCAAGAAUUAAAUUAGGCAUUUCCGAUAUACUCAAUUGCGAAGAGAAUAAUAAGGACAUUUCGUGAUGAUAUAUACGAAGAGAAUAAUCAGGACAUUUUGUGAUGAUAUAACGCAGUUCGGGCUCAACUGUGACGUCACCAAGGCGACAGCGCUGUGUUCCGCGCGAGACUGGAUCAUUUAAAAGAAGUCGAAGUUCCUGAGUUUUUCCUCCUUAAAUAGUGACUUACUUACGAAACCUGUGCUGCGCAGUACCGUGGACGCCACACCUGAGGGAAGGGAGCUCUUCCGACAUGGCGGGUGGCCUUUUGUUUUGAUGACUGUCGCGGGGACAAUAUGUCAUCGAGCAAUGACCCGCAACCCGAAUGGCCGGACAACGUCCAGAAAAAUGGCGAGCUCUUCUAUUUGGAGCUGAGCCAAGAAGAAGAGGAGGCUGCGGCCGACCAAAGUUUGCGGGCUCGGAUCUCGGAAAGAAAACGUGAGUCCGGGAAUCGAGGAGACACGAGGGAGGGCUGGAUGCCAUCAAAGACGCAGCUCAGGACCGCGUGCGUCUACCUCAACCCGAAACGCGUCGGUGACUCGGGUGCUCUCCCUCUGCUGGAGGCUUUGCUCGGGGUGGUGCGUCGUCCAGGUAAGCGGAAUGGCGCCGCGAUCGGACGGGAGGAAAGACUGACGGUGGACGGCCUGAUUCCCGGCGGCCCGGCCAGCAAGUGCGGUCACGUCCUAAUCGGCGAUGUCCUCGUUGCCGUGGGCAACGUGGAGGUGAACGCUGAAAACAUCGAGCAAGUUCUGGCGGGCAUUGCGGAACCAUCUCAGGUGAGGCUGACCUUGGCGACACCCUGGAGUACGAGUCGCGCUGCCGCACCUUCCAUCAGCCCGCCGACGCGUCCGCUGCUCGGGGAUGACGCGUCCGAAACGCAGACGUUUGCCGCGCGCAUCCCGCACGCGCUCAUGUACCUCUCGCUCAAAAUGGACACCAAGUCCCCGCAGGACGAGGAAGAGAUCCUGUACCAGUACCCGGCGUCGGAGGCGGCCGCCCGGCUCAAGGGCGCCAGAGGGAUCUUCUUGACGCUGUGCGACAUGCUGGACAGCGUCACGGGAGCUCACGUGGUCAGUUCCACGCUGCUGCUGGACAAGCAUCUGGUGCACGUGGGCUACUGGAAAGAAGGCCACGCCCUGCUGGUGCUUGGACUUCCUGCUGAGAGGGUUCCUUUGCUGAGUCUGCAAUCCCUGGUGGGCGAUGUCGUGCGGACGUUACGAUUCACGCAUGGAUCCUUGGAAAGGGCCUUCGGCAGGACGGAGGGCACGGCGCAGCUGGACCACUUCUUCCGUUUGUUCUUCCUGCGGAUCCUACGACCGUCAGAUUCUCCCCCGGCGCCGCCCGCUGACGACUCCGAGAACAUCUUCCUGGACGGGCUGCCGGCCGUGCGCUGGCUCACGCUGCCCGUACAAGUCAAAACAAACGUGGACUCUGUGCUCAGUGACUUUGAGGCCUCUGAUUUUGGAGAAAUGUCGGAGGACUCCUUUGGCCUGAGGCGUCUCUACGGGAUCCUGGGCUCGUGUCUCUUCUACAAGUCGUACCUGAUCGCCAGUCAUCUCCCUAAAGAGGUUCUGCUGGACGUGUGUCUGUACAUGCGCCACUACCGCCUGCUGUCCGCCGAGUGGCGGCGGCGGCGGACGGGCCAACUGCUCAUCUGGCGCGAGGUCUUUCUUCAGGGUCCCCUUCCACGACGACACUUCCUUCUCAUCGUGGGCUUGGGCUGCUGGCUGCAGUGUGUGCUGCUGGAGGCCAGAGGCUGCGCGAGGCAUUCCGAUGCAUCUCCGGGCCCCGAUUGCGUUUACGUAGAUCAGGCCAAGGCCACGCUGCUACGAUUGGAGAUUCUGGAGGAAGCUGUCGAAGAUCGCCUGAGCGCCCCCGCUGCUCCGCGCCUGUUCUGUGCAGACUGGUUCCUCCAAGCUGGCCCGUCCCAGGCCCAUCUAGACGGCCCGUUUGGGGAGAAGACCCAAGAUUGGCGGGGUGAGGGACACACGGACACCGGGGCCCAGUGGACAAAGCGCUCCAACCCGUUCUACCUGAGCGCACUCAUGAAGACUCUGAGUAGGAGGGAUGCGGACGAGAUGCCCAGCGCCAGCAGACUGAGCGUCGGUGCCGAGAACAUCUUGUUCCACUACUUGCUCAUGGAAACGGUCCAGGGGAUCUUCAUCGCGCCCACGCUAACGGACGAGGCUCAGCUCGGCGGAUCCGUUCACCCGUUGCUCGUUCGCAACUUUCACCGCUGCUGCCUGUCCAUUCGGGCCGUGUUCAAAGAAAACAUGUCGCUGCAAGGGCAGCGGGCGGCUGGGCGGUCUGGUGGCGUGGGCCUGGUCCAAGAGCACGGAGUCUUGUUCCAGUUUCUACCUGAAAACUGGACAGAACAGAGGAAAGCCGCACCCACCCUGACGUACUGGGUCAUCGGGCGAUUGUUGCUGGAGCCCGUUCCUCAAGAGUUCUAUGUGUGCUUUCACGACUCUGUACCGGAGGUUCCUGUGGAGAUGGCCUUCAGGCUCUCUUUUGGUUUGGCCACUUGAUGGAGUGACUUAGUUUGAGAUUGGUUUUGACGGUUGUUGUUUUUUUCUUUUUAAAUACUUUUAGUAGUUUUUGUUUUUCAAAAAUACUUUAAUUUGAUUUUUUUUUUUUUACAUAUGUGGAGUAUCUGACUAUUGCGAGAAUAACGAUUAAAAAAAGCAUUGUGUGAUUAUCAAA